AUGAUGUUGGAGAAAGAGGAGAAGAAGAAUGCAGUGGUGAUGGUGGAAGAGGAGGAGAAGGAAGAACCAGAACUUGGGAAACCUCGUAGAAGUAACUACACUCUUCCGGGUUAUGAUUUUAACUAUGGAUUGUAUCUACAUGGACUUGAUGGUGGUGUCCCUGAAGCCAUUUGCCACUGGCACGUCAUGAAGCCCAGGGUUAUUCUGGAGAAGGAGAAACCCCGAGAUUACAUGACCACCAACUGCCAAGCGGUCAAGGACGGCUACACCACAGCCCACGAACAGAACCUUUACCGCAAGAUCAAGGACUUCCACCUCAACAUGGAAGACGAACGUCGCUUCAAGAAGACACCUCCAAAGGUCCCCGCAGACAUGACUUACGGAAGACCACCACGACCCUCCACUCCUUUCUUCGACCUGCUGCAGCACAAAUACAAAGAGAUUUGGAUGGCCGAGCAGAGAGCUGUCAUCAAAGCUGAAAAGGCCGAAAAGAAGCAAAAGAAACGACGGGGGAAGUUCUAUGAGACGCGGACGACUUUGUUGAGAAAGCACCAACCGCCGAUGAAAGAGGAGCAACUUUGGCGUAUCCCCCAUUUUCAGAAGGUCAGUCCACACCUCGCAACCUUCCCGGAUCAUGCCUCAUACAAGCGGGCGCUGGAGGUCUUCCGUUCAGAGAUCCCUGUGAGGAUCGGACCCCUGGCACAGGGCAUAUAUACCACAGCCUGUUAA